UUUUUAUUAAAAAGUUCACGUGACCUUUGGACACAAUCCGUUUCUUUUAUUUUAUCGAUUAAAUUUUUAUUCAUUAUUUGAUGUUAUCGUGUAUUAUCACUGAACUUGACAAACAUCUGUUGCACAAUUUGUGUUCUGUAAUAUUCACAUAUUCAUAACCUCAACACAAAUGAGAUAGUGUUAAUAUUGGUUUCAAGUCUAACCAAGCAUGAUCAGUGUCACAUGGAGCUUAUUAAGUGUGAACACAUAUUGUUGCAGUAGUUAAGAAUUAGAAAGUUAAAAAUUUAUCAACUUCUUCAGAAAUAGGUGAUAAGUAUGAGGCUAGAAGUCUCUUCUAGAAAAUGCAAACGCGAAGAAUACUGCGAAAGUGCAUCUUGGCGUGCACGUCGUUGAACGUUAAUCAAGGAUAUGGGAGUCGAAGUUACUAUGCGAAAAAAACAAAGCCAGAAUUAACAUCAGUAAGAUAUAAGACACAACGUGGUCCAUAUUCCAUGAUCACGAGCGAACAUGUUAAUUUUUUUGAAAGAUUGCUCGAUCGUAAUCGCGUUAUCACCGAUCCCGACGAAUGCGAUGGUUACAAUAUCGAUUUUGCAAAUACUGUUCGAGGCAAUAGUAGAGUUGUACUAAAGCCAAAGAUAACCGAGGAAGUCUCAGCAAUAUUACGAUAUUGUAAUGAAAAUCGUUUAGCUGUUUGUCCACAAAGUGGUAAUACUGGUUUAGUGGGUGGAAGUACGCCGGUAUUCGAUGAAAUCGUAUUAUCAAUGAAACUUAUGAAUAAGAUCAUCGAAACUAAUGAAAUGGCAGGUGUGAUUAUUUGCGAGGCUGGCUGCGUUCUCGAGGAUUUGGAUAAUCAUUUAUCUACUUUUGGUCUCAUGAUGCCCCUAGAUUUAGGUGCAAAAGGAAGUUGCUUGAUUGGAGGCAACGUUUCGACAAAUGCUGGCGGACUUAGGCUACUUCGUUAUGGUAAUUUACAUGGAAAUAUCCUCGGACUCGAGGCCGUAAAAGCUAAUGGCGACGUCGUGGACUGUUUGAACGGUUUAAAGAAAAAUAACACUGGUUAUCACUUGAAGCAUCUAUUUAUCGGUUCGGAAGGAACUUUGGGUGUUGUAACGAAAGUCGCUGUGCAAUGUCCGCCUCUACCCAAAGCCAUAAAUGUCGCAUUUCUUGGAUUGAACAGUUUUGACAACGUAUUGAAAAUUUAUCAUUUGGCUAAGAAAGAAUUGGCCGAAAUUUUAUCCUCUUGCGAAAUGAUGGACAAAUUGUCGAUCGAUGUUUCGACUAAACUUUUGGGUCUUCAGAAUCCAUUGCUGACGGUUGAUGGUCGCGAUCAUGACUUCUACGUAUUGUUGGAGACAUCCGGUAGUCACACGGCACACGACGAAGAGAAACUCACUGCGUUCGUUGAAAAAGUUCUUAAUGAAAAUAUUGUGCAAGAUGGCACUCUCACUUCGGAUAAUACGAAAAUAAAGAAUAUCUGGGCUCUAAGAGAAAGAAUUAGCGAAGGUGUUUUACGUGAAGGGUAUGUUUUUAAGUACGACGUUUCAUUGCCACUUCCAUAUUUUUAUAAAAUUGUUGAAGUUUUAAGAGAACGCUUACGCGAUCCGCGUAUUAUUAGAAUAAGUGGUUAUGGUCAUAUAGGUGACGGAAACAUUCAUAUACAAGUGUCAAUACCAACGUACCAGGAAGACAUAGCGGCGCAAUUAGAACCAUUCAUUUUCGAAUAUAUUUCUAGUGUUCGCGGUAGCGUUAGUGCAGAACAUGGUAUAGGUUUUAAAAAAACUAAAUAUCUUCAUUUGAGCAGAACACAAUCGGAAAUUGAAUUGAUGCAACAACUUAAGUCAACUAUGGACCCGAGAGGAAUACUUAAUCCGUAUAAAGUUUUACAACCUGUUGAUAAACCCACCUAAUUUAUAGAAAAAAUACGGAAUUUUAUUUUUGAUAUAUAUUAUUUUAUCUUCUAAAAAUAUUGAUUGACAAUUGUAAAAUUUGUCUAUUGAUAAUUGUUAAAAGAAUUUUCCAUAGUACAAAUUAUUUAUAGUUUAUAUAUUUAUACUUUUUGCCAUAGUUUAUUUUUUUAAUAAUGUUGAUGGUAUUCAAUGAAUAUUUUUAAUAUCCUGAUGAAAUCUAUAAACUACUGUUUGAUUGAUUUUAACAUUCGCAUAUAAUUUAAAGUUUAUAAAUAGAUUUCUUUAGACUUGUUGUACCUGUAAUAGAAGUCUUAAAAAAUGGUCACAUUUUGUAAUAGAUACUAUGUGCAAUAUUACUAUUUAUUAUUAAAAUAAUAGCUGUAUUGAAAAAAACUAUAUGGAUUUCGAGGAUGUUCUAGAAAGUAAUAGAAUAUUUUCUUAUCUUAUGUAAUAUAAAACGAUUGUAAUCAAAUUUUAUCGACUACUUCAAAGAAAUAAUCAUAAAUAGAUCUUAAA